UUCACGGACUUUACCAGUUGGGAAUUAGCUGCAACCUUCAACAUGCCGAGCAAGCCUGCCCCAAUCAAGAAGGCGGCGAAGAAAGAACCUGCCAAGAAGGAAGAGGAAAAGGCCCCGGAGCCCGCCCCAGAGCCGGAGCCGGCUCCCGCAGAGGCCGCUCCUGCCCCCGCUGAGGAGGCUGCUCCUGCCCCCGCCGAGGCCGAAGCUGCACCUGCCCCAGAGGCUGCACCCGCCGACGCUGCACCAGAGGAGCCCAAACCACCCACUCCCCCACCUCCUCCACCCAAAGAGCCCACCAGCGCUCCCCUUGACCUGUUUGUUGAGGACAAGAAUGAUACUUCUGUUACCAUUAUCUGGAGCCAGCCUGAGGUCGUUGGAACCACUGGUUUGGAUGGAUACACCAUUGAAAUUUGCAAAGAUGGAACUGAGGACUGGAAGGCGGUCAAUGAGGACCUGCAGAAGUCCUGCCGUUAUGUCAUUAAGAACCAGACCACUGGGGACCGCCUGAAGAUCCGCGUGGUGGCUGUGAAUGAGGGUGGACGCAGCCCUCCUGUUGCCCUUCCUGAGGCCGUCCUGGUCAAGGAGGUCGCUGAUCGUCCUAAAGUUCGUCUCCCCCGCUUCCUCAGGCAGAGAUAUGUCGCUCAUGUGGGAGACAAGAUCAAUCUGACCAUCCCAUUCACAGGCAAGCCUAAACCUGUUGUGAGCUGGACAAAGAAUGGCGAGGCCCUGGACACUAAGAGGGUGAAUAUUCGCAGCACAGACAGAGACAGCAUCUUGUUCAUCCGUGCAGCUGAGAGAGAUGACUCCGGAGUCUAUGAGAUGAGCGUCAAAGUAGAUGACUUUGAGGAUAAAGCUUCAUUGAUCUUGCAGAUUGUUGAGCUGCCAGGUCCUCCCGCCAGUGUUAAAAUUGCUGAUGUCUGGGGCUUCAAUGUCGCUCUUGAAUGGACUGCACCCAAAGAUAAUGGAAACACAGAAAUCACAGGCUACACAAUCCAGAAGGCUGACAAGAAGACCGGAGAAUGGUUCACUGUGCUGGAGCAUUACCACAGACUGAAUGCCACCAUCUCUGACCUCAUCAUGGGCAACACCUACAAGUUCAGAGUCUACUCUGAGAACAAAUGUGGAACCAGUGAGGAAGCUACCAUGACAAAAGAGGAGGCCACGAUCCAGAAGACAGGUAUUGACUACAAACCACCUGAAUACAAGGAGCACGACUUCUCUGAGGCCCCCAAGUUUACCACCAACCUGAGUGACAGAGCUACUACUGUUGGAUAUAGCACCAAGCUUCUCUGCUCUGUCAGAGGAUCCCCAAAGCCAAAGAUCGAAUGGAUGAAGAACCAGAUGAUUAUUGGAGAUGACCCUAAAUUCAGGCAGAUCUGCGUCCAGGGCAUCUGCUCUCUGGAGAUCCGUAAACCUGGUAACUUUGACGGUGGCGUGUACAGUUGCAGAGCCAAGAACGACCACGGAGAGGCACUUGUCAGCUGCAAGCUGGAGGUCAAACAGCCUGUUAAUCCGGAUGCAGAGAAGAAAUAAACCAACACUCUCAAAGGAGCAGAGAGAGGCCAUUACAGCGUGCGGAAGGUGCUGGAUUCCUGGAAGAACGUGUAUAUACGGCUGGUGACCACACUACCAGAUAGUUGUUGCCUGUGCUAUCCAAUGUUAGGAACAAUUGUUGUCGCUUCAUGACUUAUACUUUAUUAUUCAAAGUCCAUAUCCAUGUCCAAAAUCAGCUUAUUUUCCCAACAAGUCCAUCUAUGUACACAGUCAUGUUCACAUCAUGAAUCUACAGUUCCUCAUAGGAGAAUUCUAUGUAACAUCAAUGUUUAUAACAAUAAAUAAUUUUAUUUCUGGUC